GAACUAGUUGGUACAACUCAGGAGAAGCGGAAUUGGCGUGGUAUAGUUAUAGCACUACUAGUGAUAGUAACAGUACUCGCUCUCAUUGUUACAGCAAUCAUAUUAGUCACUCCAAAAUCUUUAGACGAGAUCGAAGGGUCAAAGAUCAGUUUUAAAAGUUUCAUAAGAAAUGAAUAUGAACCAAGACAGUUCCAGCCGAUAUGGUUACCAGGCGAGGAGGCAUUUAUUUUCCAAGACAGGGACGGCGCAGUCAAAGAAUUUAAUUGCUUAGAUAAUUCGUCUACCGUUUUAUUUGGAAACUUAACAUUUAGGGAGCUCAACACAGACCAAUUUAAACUGUCGCCAGACAAACAAUAUGUAUUGUUUCAAUACGACAUUGAGGCUGUAUAUAGACAUUCCACCAUUUCAAAAUAUAAAAUUUUACAUUUAGAAUCUGGGGAAAAGUUUGAUUUAUUUAGUCCCGAGAUAGAUGUAUUCCAGUAUGUUGGUUGGACACCUACAGGACAUAGUCUGGUGUGUAUACAAUAUAAUGAUAUAUACAUACGCCGACAUCCUACACGUGGUAGUUUUGAUAAAUAUACAUUUGAUGGAACCGAAAAUAUUGACCAUAUAUAUAAUGGCGUUCCGGACUGGGUCUAUGAAGAGGAGAUUCUUAGCUCAGACAAUGCCCUGUGGUUCUCCCCGGAAGGAAGUUACCUUCUAUAUGCAUCAUUUGAUGACAGGGGAGUGAAUACCUUCGAUAUAACUGACUAUGGUGACAUGACAGAACGUUAUGUCAGCACCAAGUAUGUGGCAUAUCCCAAACCUGAUACCGAAAAUCCAAAGGUUCGACUGAAAAUUCUUGAUCUUAAGAGAAACAGAACAUUAGAAAUUGAUCCUCCGGAGCAUUUAAGGAACAGAGAUCAUUACUUCACAACGGUGUCUUGGCAGGACGAAACCCAUGUUCUUGUUUCUUGGAUGAACAGAGCUCAGAAUCUUUCAAUACUUUCCAUUUGUAAUGCCAUCAACGGUAGCUGUGUUCAGAAUUACAGAAUUGAGGGUGACGGUGGCUGGGUUGACAUGUAUCGUCCAGCAAUAUUCAAACCUGACGGAACGCGAUAUUUUCUGCUUUUGCCACACAAAGAUGGAUCUGCUGGUAGUUUUCAACAUAUCGCGAUGAUCGAUCCAUCUUACGAUAUAUCGAAAAAGACGGGUGAUGGCUCCAAAGUAUUUCUCACAAUUGGUAGAUGGGAUGUGGUGGAUAUUGUUGGUUAUGACGACGAUUUAAAUUUAAUAUACUUCAUUGCAACAAAACAGGGCGAUCCCCGAGAAAAACAUUUAUAUAAAACAACGACUCUUAAGGACCACGAAGAUUAUAGAAGGGUCACGUGCGUAUCAUGUGAUUUUGAUGAAGGCUGUCAAUAUGUUGAAGCCAGUUUUACGCCGACGGGGAAAUAUUACAUACUGGCUUGCAAAGGUCCUGCCGUACCAUCAUAUCAUUUGUUUUCUGUGGAUGACGGAUAUGUAAUCACAUUAGAAGAUAAUGCUGAUUUGCGGGAAAAACUUUCGGGUGUAAGCAUGCCGAUUACAGAGUAUGUUAAGAUUCCGAUCGACGAAGAAGCCACUGAUUAUAUGUGGUCCAAAGUUUUGCUUCCACCGAUAUUGAGAAAAGAUGAGAUAAUUACGUAUAACAUUUUAUUUAAAGUGUAUGGUGGACCAGGAACACAGCUUGUAACAGGAGAGUUUAGCAUCGGCUGGGAGCAUUAUUUAUGUAGUACACACGGUAUAAUAAUUGUAUUUGUGGAUGGGCGUGGUACCUCAGGGAGAGGAAAUAAAUGGUUACAUGCUAAUUACAAGAAACUAGGCACAGUUGAAGUUGAGGAUACAAUAACAGCAGCACGAUAUUUUAAUAAAUUGCAUUAUGUGAAUGAGCAGACAGCUAUCUGGGGACUGUCAUAUGGAGGUUUCUUGACGUCAUCGGUGAUAGGUCAGGGAACAGAGGCAUUCAAAUGUGGUCUUGCGGUAGCACCCGUUACAGAUUGGAGAUAUUAUGAUUCGGUAUAUACAGAACGGUAUAUGGGUUUACCGAGGGCUCAUGAUAAUCUUGCUGCUUAUAACGCUGCUAAUGUAUCCAGGUUUGCAUCGAAUUUUAAAUCGGCAAGGUUCAUGGUAAUACAUGGAACUGGGGACGACAAUGUUCAUUUCCAAAAUACCGCUCAACUAAUUAAAGCAUUAACAGAGGAAGAUGUAUAUUUCAGAUCUCAGAUUUAUACGGACGAAAAUCAUAAUUUAGAUGGCGGCAAUACUAAGAAACAUUUACACAAUACAAUGGAGGACUUUAUUUUACAAUGUUACGGGAAGCCUACAAAUUUUGAUGAGCUAAACGAUUUCUCUCUUGAGGCUGAAAAAGACGUGGAAGAUUACGAUUAAUAGAUUGAAAACAUUGAUUUAUUCCAAUAUGAUUUUGAUGCUCAUUCUGAUAAUACGAGGGAAAAAUGUCAAUUGUUCAGUUCCGACGAACGAACAUUGUGCUUAUGUAUGUACAAACUGCGGCGAGCUUCUCUUUUUUCCAGUAAUUGGUGUGGAGGUAGUGUGUUUAUUGUUCAAAUGAGAGAGAAAUUGUGAUAUAUCUAAACGCUACUUUUUAGAAGAAGAGUAUUAAGAAACUUCCUUGGCCAUGGAAGGACAUGUUGCUAUAGAUUUAUACCAGUGUGUUUAUUUAUUAUACAGACCUCUAAAAGACAUCUUUAUCACCAAACUAGACGCUUCAAAAUCUUGAAAUGUCAAAGUGAAAGUCUCAACUGAUUUAAAUGAAAAACAGAUCGAUAUUCAAAGUUUCUUCACACAAUAACGUAAAAUAACUUUCCGUUAUUUUGGUUGGUCAUUUAUAAUGAAAAUAACAUAUUCAAGCAAAUAAAGAUCAAAAUUGCUGAUGCCAUACGAUAUUUAUGUUGCAGCAAAUAAUGUACAUCAUGUGCCAAUUCGCAUUACAUUUUUCUAUUGCCAUAUAAUUCAUAGUGCCAAGUUAUUUGUUCACACGCGACCAUGUUAAAGUACAGAAGAUGAUGAAAACAUUAUUGAUGAAGCUUGAAUAAAUAUGUCGAUACAUGUCAUAGCUUAUAAAUAGGAAUUGAUAAUGAAAUAUCACAGAAGGCAAGCGAAGAUAAGGAGUAAAUGUAUACUUUUGUUAUUGCAUACAAUUUACAAAAGUGAUUAUCAUUAUGUCGAUAUUGUUUAUAUUAAAAUUGCAUAUGUGUUAACACACGGCCCAGGGAUGAAUGUUUAGUGAAUGUUUCGACAAGAAAAGUAAUGGUAUUGCAGAAUAAUUAUGAUCAGUAUGUGUGCUGGUACAUUGAAUUUUCUAUGUAUGAACAGGUUCUAAACUGAUUGGUGUAUUGUUAUCUAAUUGGUAGAUUUGUAAAGGAAAUUGAAGAAUACUGAAAACUCACUGUGAACUUUUUAUUUCAAUGCUAAGGGGGGCAUAGGAAGCUGUCUGUAUGGUUGUUUAAACCAUGAGAAAAAAUACUGUGAUAAUGAAACUUGUGCAGGACUGAGAAAUGUUUGAAAAACGGGUUAAAGAAUUGGAAUGCGCGUAUAAGCAAUUGUGUAAUAAGAUAAGGUACUAUUUACAGUAUAAAAAUAACUCAAUAUUCUUACAUUGAAUUUGACAGAAUAUGGAAAGCGGUUUUGUAUUGACAUUUUCUUUUUCUUAAUAUGCUUCACCAUCGAUACAAAAAAGAUUUAGAAUAAGAAAUUCGUUGCACAUUUUUGCAUGGUGAAAAUGGUGUAUAAUGUACGGAUGUUUUGAUUGGUUGUUAUCAGAGUAGGCGUGUUUAAUACCAUGGUAUGAUUGUUAACCAGUACAUGUUGGAAUGUUGUUAACAUAGAAUGGUUUUGACAGUUGUUAUUGUUUGGAUUUAGCUUGAGGGUAUAUUAAGAAUAAAUGCCAAAAUCAUUAUAGGUAUGAACCGAUUUGUCAAAUAAAAACUGAAACCGAACUGUCAACGAAAAUAGAAAAUUGUUGCAGACGUUUUAUUUUUCACUGAGUAAGUGUCAAACUUUAUAAACAAUUAAUCAACAAAUAUUUGAUUUAAAGUAUAAUAAAUGCUGACUUAUUGCUAAUAAUAAUAAUAAUGAUAAUGAUGACGUUUUGUUUUUGAUUAUUUCAAACAAGAGGUGUUUCAAAAUAUAUAAGACAAUAUAAUGAAUAGUGGCAAGGGAUGGAUAUAAAAUAUGAUAUUGGAAUUGAGACAUUCCCCGUUCCUCCAAACACUGGGGAAAUAUUAUCUUGGGAAAUAUUGCUUUACUUAUUUACUAUUUAUUCAAAAGUAUUCAUUUAUUGAAAAUUCAAAGUUAUUUAUAAUGUUACACAUACACUUGCAUGCUAUCAUCCCAGAGUAUCAACUAAGGUUUGUAUAGAUGUGUUACUGUAAUUGAAACGUGUAUUAUUUUAACAUUUUGUAUGUGAAUUGAUAUUGUUAGAAUUCAGGUUUGUUCGCAUCCAUUCCAUCUACAUCUGUAUUUAUUAAGUUAAGUUUAUUUGAGCGUUCAAAGGGUUACUGGUAAAUCAGUCUUGCUUAUCGGGCAUUACAGUACUAGCUUGUCAAAAAUGUUCAAUGGAUUCAUUAUUCCGAAAACUCUUUGAACAGCUCUUUUAUCUUUCUGAGUUUUGAUUUUGAACAAGUUUUCGUUGUUUCAUUCUUCAUAAUUAUGAACUUUUGAAAUUCUCGUAUAUGAAUUGUAUCAUUUUUGUUAAACAUUUGUUUAUUUGUUUCGGUUUGAAAUAACGUGAUAGAUAUUGAAUCUUAAAUGUUUUUACAUAAAUUUGUUCAAUAACAUAAUACAUUUUGUUAGACAUUUACCUACUAUACGUGUUUAUUUACCGGGCUGCAAACGUUUCAAAUGGAUAAAAACGAAAUACUUUCUGUAAAUAUUUUAGCAGAACGUGGUAAUUAUUUCAUAAAUGUUCAUAUAUGUUGUUUGUUUUGCUGACAUGUGUCUGAUAUUACAAACUUUCAUCGCCAGUGGGAAUAUACAAUCACACGUGCGAGGUCAAAAUUUUAAUAUUUCUAUUCCCAAUUAAUUUGUUGUAGGAAACGAUUUGUUCGGAAAUACGAUACAAUGCAGUUCAAUAAUAACCUAAUUAAAUCAAAGGGCUGCAAGCUCUGUGGUAUUUUCUGAUCUUUGCAAUCUAAAUCGUACAUUUUCCUUUGAUGUAUCAUAAUUCAUCUUGCAAGGCAUCGAGUUGCAGCUACUGCGUUUAGAUUUUUUGCUAUAACAGUUUGAUACAUACGGAAAUUUGCAUGACCAGAGUUUCUAACUUGCAUUAUAAAAUCAUUUAUGUACAUUUUUUAUGACAGCCACACCUUAUUCUUGCAUAUCGUGGCUAAUUCCUUAAAAAAGAAUAUUAAAAUCGCUAAAAAACAUUUAAGAUUAAAAUCGCUAAAACACUUUAAGAAAAAAAACAAUUGUUGCCUUACCUAUACCUUUCUCUUCCUAAACAAGCGUGUUACCCCUCGAAAGUUUGAAGCAAACCAAAUUAUUCAAAAUUUAGAAUUUCCAUUAGGGUUUGAAAUCCUUAUUAAUGUCCAGAUAUUUUGUUCACGGUAAUUUCAAUAAUUUAGCAAAAAUCUUCCCGCCCUAAAAGUCCGACAUGUAUAUAAUAUUUUACUAUCGGCUGAAGAGCCCUUUGUUUACAUGGAUUAAAUUAUCGGGCUUAACUUAUAAGACCGUUACUUAAGGUAGAAAUUGAUAAUCGAUCGUCGACUGCCCUAAAUUUGUCCCUGUCCUAGAGUCAACAUUCUUAAUUUGUUUUUCAGAAAACCUAAAUAACAAAUGUUCAUUAAGUCAGCGUUUAAUUCCGAUCACAAUAAUCCGAACCUUUACGGAAAUAGCCGAGUAAUUUUCAUUGAUAAAAAUGAUAUUCAUCCGCGUAAUUUGUGAUUGUCCAUUUAUUGACUAUUCUAUAAGCCAAGGCUACUUUGAAUGCGUUUUAAUUCGCUGGAUACUUGUAACAAAAUAAAAAUAUGUCUUUCUUUUACAUCGCUAGUUUUAAGCUGUUUUGAGAACUAUAUUUUGUUGUUAGGAUUGUCGGGAAGCGCUGUUCCUGAGAUUGAAUGUCAGCAUUGUAUUUCCUGACGCUUUUGUAGCGUUUAUCUUCUUUUAGUAAAAUUGAGUUGUUACAAUAAUUUAAGGAAACGUUCAAGGGUCAUUUUUUAGUGAGAUGAAAUGUUUUAACACAAACCAAUGUAAUUUA